UGUUCUUAUGACUUUUAGGUCCCACCAGGAAAUAUCCUGCUGACCUCAAAGUCAAGUUCCCAGACACCAUUGCUCUGAUGGGGCAGAAUAUCACCUUGGAAUGCUUCGCUCUGGGGAAUCCUGUCCCCGAGAUCCGCUGGAAGAAGCUGGACGGACAGCUUCCCCCCAAUCACGAGUUGCGGAUGUCGGGCGCUCACCUGCACCUGUACAAUGUGCAGUACGAAGACGCGGGCAGCUUCCAGUGUGAGGCGGUGAACUCGAGAGGGAAGGACUACCACGCUGCCCACUUGUCUGUGGAAGCUUUUCCUGAGUGGGUGGAGCAGAUCAGCAGCACAGAGCAGGACCUCAGCAGGGAUUACACCAUGUCCUGCAUAGUCAGCGGCAAACCUGAGCCACGCAUCCGCUGGCUGAAAAAUGGACAACUGUCUCACAGGAAAGAGAUGAGGUUCAGCCGCUUGACGUUCGACGACUCAGGGAUGUACCAGUGCAUCGCAGAGAACCACCACGGACUCAUCUAUGCCACCGCAGAGCUGCGUGUGUAUGCCUGUGCGCCCACGUUUGAACACAACCCCGUGAAGAGAGUCUUGGCAGCCAAAAACGGCCGGGUGGUGAUCGAGUGUCGACCCAAAGCGGCUCCGAAGCCGUCCUUCUCCUGGAGCAAAGACACCGAGCUGCUCCACAACAAGACCCGGGUGCUCAUCUGGGAGGACGGGAGCCUGGAGAUCCGGAAUGUGACGCGCGACGAUGAAGGCAGGUACACCUGCUUCGCCGAGAACGACCGGGGCAAGGCCAACAGCACGGGCUCUCUGGUGGUCACAGAGUCCACAAAGAUCACCUUGGCACCGUCCAAUGGAGACGUUAAAGUGGGAGAGAACACCAAGUUGCAGUGCGUCGCGUCACAUGACCCCAUCCUGGUCAUCACCUUCGUCUGGGCCCUGGAUGGCCGGGUCAUUGACUUGCACAAGGAGAGUCACCAUUACGAACGCACCCUGAAUGGAAGCUCAAACGGCGAGCUACUGAUCAAGAACCUCCAGCUGAAGCAUGCAGGUCGCUACACCUGCACCGCACAGACCCCCAUCGACAAUGUGACGGCCGGGGCCCACCUGGUGGUCCGGGGUCCCCCCGGCGCCCCAAGUGGCGUGCGGCUGGUGAACAAAACUGACAAGAGUGUAACGUUGCAGUGGAGCCGUGGAGCAGACAACCACAGCCCCAUCUCCAAAUAUACCAUCCAGUACAGGGACUCCUUCUCAGAGGAUGUCUGGAAGAACGCCACGACAUCUCCCGCGGAUGUAGAGGGGAAUGCGAAGAUGGCCACGGUGGUGGAUUUGCUCCCCUGGAUGGAAUACGAGUUCAGAGUGAUUGCCACUAGCACUCUGGGGAAAGGAGAUCCGAGCAGCCCGUCGCCUAAAGACAGAACCGUGGAAGCAUUUCCUGUGGUGGCGCCCUCUGACGUCGGUGGCGGCGGAGGAACCAGCAGAGAAUUGACCAUCACGUGGACGCCUGUGCAGCCACAGUACUACUACGGGCCUGACUUUGGCUACAUCGUGGCCUUCAAACCACACGAUGGAGCCCAGUGGAUGAGGGUGAUGGUAGCCAACCCCCAGGCCAAGCGCUUCAUCCACAGAGACGCCUCCAUUCCUCCAAUGACAGAGUACCGAGUCAAAGUCAAGGCAUUCAAUGGAAAAGGAGAGGGACCCUUCAGCCUAACGGCCGCCAUUUAUUCUUCACAGGACGCUCCGACUGAAGCUCCUGGAAGGGUCGACGGCAAAGCUCUCUCUGCCACGGACGCCAUCGUGUGGUGGCUGCCUCUCUCACAGGGCAGUGUGGACGGAUACCAGGUGAAGUACUGGAGGAUUCCGGAAGACAGUGAAGAGGGCGCCAAGACGGCGGUGGCACCCGGCAGUGAGAACCACACCAGGCUGGAGGGGAUGAAGGCAGACUCCCACUACAUUGUUGAGGUUCGGGGCUACAACUCUGCAGGAUACGGGCCGGUCAGCGAACACCACCAGAUCCACACCAAGAAGCCCCCUCCAACUCAAGCUCUCAAAAUAAUUGGUCAAAAAAUAAAGGGCCGGUCGGUGGUAAAUAUUGCCUGGGAAAAGGUGAAACCGCUUGCGAACGAGGCCGCAGUAGCAGGUUAUAAAGUGCUGUACAGGCAGGUUGGCCACACCACAGGCACUCUGUACACAACCACCAAGGAGUUCAUAGACCUGCCCCUUCACGCAGUUGGGAAAUAUGUGGUGGAGGUCCGGGCGCACUCCGAGGGGGGAGACGGGGCCAUGGCACAUAUCGACAUCACAGGUGGGGGUGUCAUGUCCGCCCCGUCUCUCAGCGUGCUCUCCCUGCUCCUGUUGGCCGCGCUGUGCCUGAACCUCUGAAUGUAGCGCCAUCUUUGUCUUCACUUCCUGUGAAGGAGACUCUUUGUGGUUGACGCCUGUGAGGACUUUGGAACUCUUUCCACAAUCUUUUGGUUCCAUCCCGUAAAACCCGGGACGUCGUAUUCCAACCCUUCCCCCGCUGGAAUACGUUUUGUGGGAAUAGACACAGAAAUGGAAAAAUUGGAAAUGGACAAAAGACAUCCCGUAUUUAUCCACAAAAGGCCUCUUUGGAGGCGUGUCAAAGGAGUUCUGUCAACUUUUUUAAUAUGCCUUAUAGAAAUGACUGCACUUAUCUUUCACAAUAACUUGUUUUAAGAUGGAUCAUGACUGAAAGUGAAAACAUUCCACUUCAGAUUAUCCGUUGAGUCUAUUUACAUCAUGAAGCCGACCUUUCUUACAUACAUUUAGCUGUUUGUUCAGAAAUGUGGGCUUCAUUUGGUCUGUGAUGUUUAAGGAAAGUCUAUCCUCCAGCGCAUUCCAAAGUCAAAGGUAAACAAGUCGCUGUGAAGGAUAAGUGUAAGAGUUUCUAAAAAUGUCUUUAUGUCCUUCUUUACUUGCAGUACAGUGGCAUUUUCUUCUAAAAAAAAUUAAGCACAACCUUUGUUACAGAGAUACAGUCGAAGCAAAUAUCAUCCUUUCUAACUUGCUUUGUAAUAACAAGCGUCAUAGAGGAACGAGCGAAACGUUAUGUCAUGCUGAAGUAAUACAUCCUGUAAGUGGUAUUGUUUUACGAUCUAAUAUACUAUGGAAGGUAUUUAAAGAGAACUGGGUUGACCUGCAAUCGAUGCUUAUUCACAAAACAUAACGCUCUAUUGAUAGAAUACGUCUUUCAUAGUGUGUGCAUGUCGACAUCGUCACAUGGAAGGAAGGUUUGAAAUGGUUUAAUAAGUGUUUGGGAGUAAAGGCUCAUGGAUCCAUAUUUGCAAAGCUGAAUGUAAAACUAUAGAUCGGACAUAGUUUCAAAUGUUUCAAAUGAGUGCUUGUCACCGCUGGUAAUAUUUUUACAAAUGUGCAAUGAUCAACAUCUGAAUAUUGCUGAACUCAACUGGGCAAACCCCCCGAAAAAAACGUUGUUUUGACUGUAUCGUUAGGACCUCUGUGGUACCAGCUGGGGCUUUGUAAAGAAUGUUGCCAUUUUAUCAAGUGUAGACAUUUUCAUCUCAUCUCCCUCGCUAAUGGCUCUGUGUGAGAGUCACUAUUAACAGUUAUAGCGACACUCAUGCCCUCCAAUAAGCGUGCAAUGUAUGAUCACCUGUGGCUACUUCAUAUUUUCUAAUGAGACGACUUGCCUAGCUAACAGUCAUCUAACUUCAUGUUUCAUUAUGACCAGAUGAGAAGCAAAGCCAUCCAUGUCAGUGGCAAGAGCCCAUCAAAACCUCUGCAUUAUUUUUGUCUUUUUUAUUAACAUGUGAUCAGAGAUAUAUAAAUAUUAUCAACUGUUUUUUGUUUUUACGAUUAUUCAACGUGUAUGUCAUGAUCCACCUCGAGUUGGACAGUGUAAAAGUUUAUUUCCCUCGAGCGGAAGAGAACAAAUGCUGCGUUUUUGAAUUCCUCCGAGUUAUUCCUUGCGUGACUGAUGCUGGCCAUGCUUCUACAUUGUGACUAUAUCAACAUCCACCACAAAGUGCUUUUCCCCAGUUUUCCUUCAUGCGACAAAUCAUAGAAAAGAGUUGCCAAAUGCAUGAAUGCCUUGGACUUUGACGUUUUGGAAGAAGAAGCGGCGGCUCUACGUUCUGUCGUGCAUGACACUGGAGACGGAGUAUACGUUACUUUGCAACAAAUCAACAUCAUAGCGACUUGUCCACCUCUCAGCUUCAUAUGAAACACAUUCCAUUCCUGAGUGGCAUCCCUUUACGUCAGAGACGGUGUAUGUAGCCUAAUAUGUGCAUUAGCUGCUCCGCUACGUCGAGCCAGUCACACGAAGUCUCGGAGAGAGGAUUUUUAGAGAGAAGGUUGAAAACUGACGGGAGGAAUCUCACUCAUUCAAGGUCAUGCUGGGGAUUUGGCGGUUUGCUGGAUGUUCAGUGCUUCGCUGGACUUGUGAGGGAUGAAACUGGAACCUCUCAUUGGCUGGACAAGAAACAUUAAAAGUGUAGUUAACUAUUAA